GUAAAGGUGCUAUUGAGAGGAGGAAUUGGCCUAAGUUUGGUGAUGCUGUACAUGAAGACGUUGGUGCUAGACUUACUAUGGUUUCUACUGAGGAAAUUAUUCUUGAACGACCUACAGCUCCUGAAAAACAGAAAAGAAAACCCUAACCCUAACACGAAAUCGGAAAUCAUCAAUCAAUGGCGGUGGAAGGAAAAAUGAGAUGGGGAGAAUUAGAAGACGAUGCAGAGGACUUAGAUUUCCUGUUGCCACCGAAACAAGUAUUUGGACCAGAUUCAAAUGGGGUAAAGAAAGUAGUGGAAUACAAGUUUAAUGAUGAAGGUAACAAGGUGAAAAUAACAACCACAACACGUAUACGUAAGCUUGCUAAUGCUAGGCUCAGUAAAGGUGCUAUUGAGAGGAGGAAUUGGCCUAAGUUUGGUGAUGCUGUACAUGAAGACGUUGGUGCUAGACUUACUAUGGUUUCUACUGAGGAAAUUAUUCUUGAACGACCUACACCUCCCGGUUCCAACAAAGAUGAAGCUAAAGCUAGUGGAGACUCAUUGGCUCAAAUUGGGAAAGCAGGGGCUGUUCUUAUGGUUUGUAGGACCUGUGGCAAGAAGGGUGAUCACUGGACAUCAAAAUGCCCUUUCAAGGAUCUUGCUCAGCCAAGUGAAACCUUCAUGGAUAAGCCACCUUCAGCUGAAGCGCCUGCUGCUGGUGGGGCCGGUUCUCAAAAGAGUGCUUAUGUUCCUCCGAGCAUGAGAGGUGGUGCUGCAGAGAGAGCAGGUGGUGGCGGGACUGAGAUGAGAAGAAGGAAUGAAGAAAACUCUGUUAGGGUCACCAACCUUUCUGAGGACACUCGGGAGGCUGAUUUGUUGGAGCUGUUCCGUCCCUUUGGUCAUGUCAGCAGAGUGUAUGUUGCCAUUGAUCAAAAAACGGGAAUGAGCAGAGGAUUUGGUUUUGUCAACUUUGUCAACAGAGAAGAUGCCGAUAAGGCUAUAAACAAGCUCAAUGGUUAUGGUUAUGACAAUCUCAUUCUUAGAGUUGAAUGGGCUGCUCCAAGAGCUACUUAAGUGUUUCGUUCCUUGAACCAACACCGCGUUAUUUAACCUUACUAUUUUAGGAUAAUUUCAGAGACCUUUCCUUACAUUUGGUUUUGUAACAUUAACUUACCUUGUGAUUUACAAUAUUACGUUCACUUCCCUUAUUUCAAUCUUGUGUAACAAUUCUUAUAACCUAUUUGUGUUUAAUGUAAAAAAUUAUGAACCGA